AUUAUUAGCGGCACGGAGUAUGAAAGCCCUAGCCCUAUCGGUUGGGCUCUUCAUUGGAAACAAACAGAUGUACGUGGCGCUUGAAUGUAAAAUUUCUGAAUGAAUUUUUGUCAGUAGGCCUAGGCCUUAAUUAAUAUUAUUCGACGUUCUGUUAAUUCAGAUCAUCACCAAAAUGGAGUGGAUGCAGAUUCUAUCAUUGACAACGACUCUCUUCACCAUUGGCAUGUUCAUGGCUGGAAUCCCUGACUGCCUGAUUGUCCUUAAAACUGGAAGCACAGAAAAUGUCAUGUUUCUCCCAUUUCUAAUGACAAACCUGAACAAUAUUUUGUGGACAUCUUACGGCUAUCUGAAGAGCGAUCCUACCAUCAUUACCGUCAAUGCCGUAGGGAGCUUCUUACAGACAUGUUACAUGAUCGUAUUCAUGGUAUACUCCCCUACUCGGGUUCAGGCUUUUCAGCGCACUGUUCUGGCUUGUGUUGCCAUGGUGUCUCUCUACUUGUAUCUUUCCAUGUAUGUCGGCGAGAUAAAUGCCAUCAUCAAUCAACUUGGGUUUGUCUGCAGCUCGGUGACGGUGCUUAUGUACAUCUCUCCUUUGGCUGAGAUAGUGACAGUGAUCCAGACCAAAUCUACGAGUAGCAUCUCUCUGCCGUUGACCAUAUCCACACUCUGUGCUUCAUCACUGUGGGUUCUGUAUGGCACAUGUGUCAGUGACCUUUACAUUCUGGUUCCCAACGUUCCUGGUGUCUUUAGUAGCCUGUUCAGAAUAUUCCUACUCUGGAAGUACAAAGAUGCUGCAACAAAGCCUUUGGCUUAGACACGACCAGCACAUCAGGAAUGAUUGCAGUUUUAGGGAGGGGGUAGACCAUUCUGCCUGUUUGACCCUUCAUUAUAGAUUUUGGCUUAUUUUACAUACAUUCCCUGGUUUGGCAGUUUAAUGAAUACAUGUUUUAACAUUUCGCAAAAUAUUGCGAAGGAAAUGCAAAGGAUUGUGGGUAGCUAAUUUAGAUCUGGAGGCAUGUAAGGAAACAGGGCCUUGGGUCAGAAGUGACACAAAAUCUGACCAAUGACAGCUGAAAGAAAUUAGCCAUUGCCAGCUCAAUGGGUACAAGUGAAAGCCUGGCAAUGAGGUUGAGUGAAUGGGACAUGUACACAUUUAGUUAUUCCAGUUGUAUUUACAUUGGAAAAUGCAUUUCUUGAAAGGCUGGGCUAAGUUACCAGCAAUUGUUUGCAGCAUACCAUUGUCUCUGUUAUUGUCUUUUGUGUGUAUAUAUUUGUUGGUACUUGGUUGGAUUCGGUACUUUUAUUCUAUAACUAAGUGAACUUUAAAAGAAUUUAGACAGAGAGUUUCAAAAUUUAUCUACUAUUUUUAUACCUGAUAGAUUUAUUUCUGUGUAUAUGUCAAAGGUUGUUGGUUAUCUGGAAGUUAUUUAGUAUUCAAAUCAAACGAGAGAAAGUUUCCUAGUUGUUUCCAAGAUCUGGGUAUUUCCACAUAAACCAUUUGUGAUUUACAUAUCCAGAUUGUAAUGUUAUACAGUUGUCAACUUCCCGAUUUCUUUAUCAAGUUUAUUAUAAUGUGGGCAAAACAAUAAACUCUGACAAUCCCAAA